AUGCACCUCUUAUUUGGUUUCAUUACAGGAGCUCUGGCAGCAUUUAAUACCGCAGGCCGUCAUGUAGUUCACGAAGAAUAUGGAUAUCCGCCUGAAGGAUGGACACAAAGAUCCGUGGCGACGCCGGAGGAACAUAUCACGCUAUUCAUCUCCAUACGACCACAGCAUCAGAAUUAUCUAGACAGAGCUCGAGAGAUCAGCAACCCUGAUUCACCAUCAUACGCUCGAUAUCUCAGCAGUCCUGAGCUCCAAGCUGCUCUCCCCAAUUUGGACACAUCUGCCCAAAGAAUUGAACAGUGGCUAUCUCACAACCUUAUCGAUGCCCAUCGCAUAGGCGACAAGAUCAAGAUCUCAACAACGGUUGGAAAAGCUUCUCAGCUGCUCAAUGCGGAGUUCUCCUGGUAUCAACACCUAGACUCUACACCUGUCAUUCGGACAAAAUCAUAUAGCAUCCCAGGAGGCCUUCAGAAUGAUAUCGACUUCGUCUAUCCAACCAUUCACUUCCUCACCCCCAAGCAGCCACGCUCAUCAUAUGAGUCUUCCUCUCUCGCAAAGCGGCAGGGGGUGCGCAGUGAAGAUCUGAACUGUUCGAAUUCAAUCUGCCCCAAGACAAUAGCAGACGCCUAUCAAAUCAACUACUCGCCCCCCUCCGGCUCGUCCGUCCGGGUCGGGAUAGCGUCGUUCCUGGAGCAAUACGGGAACCACGCCGACCUUACCUCCUUUCUCACUCAAUUCGGUCUCCAGAACCACUCCACAUCCUACAACUUCACCGAGACGUUCAUCAAUAACGGUAUCAACUCUCAAGAGCCCUCGGAAGCCGGCGUCGAAGCAAUGCUGGAUCUGGGCUAUGUCAUGGCCUUCACGUCUACUCUCCCGAUCACCUUCUACUCGACAGCCGCAAGUGGAAAUGAACCAUAUCUCGAAUUUCUUGACGCCAUCCUCGCUGAAGAGCACCCUCCCAGCGUGAUCAGUAUCUCGUACGCAGAUAAUGAAGAGACCGUUCCGCUGCCCUAUGCAAACAAAGUCUGUUUGAAAUUCGCGCAGCUCGCUAUGCGCGGCGUCUCAGUCCUUGUCGCAUCGGGAGACGGCGGUGCCAUGGGGUCUGCUGGAAAAGGCACCUGCAUAGGGCCCAACGGCAGGUCUCGGGGUUUCAAGCCAACUUUUCCGAGCUCGUGCGAAUGGGUCACGUCUGUCGGGGCUACGCAGGGGCUCCGAUCACCGGCGAACGAGGAGCCUGCGGCCUUCAGCAGUGGCGGGUUCAGCAACUACUUUGGCGUGCCGGAUUGGCAGCGUGAUGCUGUGGCCACGUAUCAGAGCAAAUUAGGAGAUAAGCAUAAGGGGUUCUACAAUUCGUCUGGACGUGGUAUUCCAGAUGUGAGUGCUAUGGGAGAACGUUAUGUAAUUGUUGCUAAGGGUAUGAAAAGUGAGCAAGCUGGGACUAGUGCAAGUACGCCUGUUGUGACCGCUGUGGUAGCCUUACUGAAUGAUUUGCGGACGAGGAAUGGGAUGCCUACCUUAGGAUUCUUGAAUCCCCUGCUGUACGGGAAGGGUAGAGCAGGAUGGACAGAUGUCAAGGAGGGAUCCGCCGUAGGAUGUUCAGAUGGCGACUUCAUUGAAGGGGGCUACGCGGCGCUGGAGGGCUGGGAUCCGGCAACAGGACUGGGAACGCCCAUGUUCUCAACGUUGAGGAAGCUGCUAGCCACGUGA